CUUGACCUUGACAUGUGUUUGACAUUUAAAGUCCAUAGAAGCUCUUAUUUUGAAAGCACGGAUUGAUUUUUCAAAAAUUAUUUAUUCCAAAACAUUUAAUUUUGAAAUUCACAGUCAUAUUUGUGGAACUUAAAAAUGGCUGAUACAGUCGAAGUCAUACCUGAAACUGAACAAGCGAGUGCUGUAGAACUUCGUUUGUUGGAACUGGCAAAAUCUAAUGUGGAAGGAAUCUCAAACGACGAUAUAAAAGAGCAAAUACCUGAUAUUUCAUUAACAGAAUUGACAAACGUAAUAAAUAAGUUCUUGAAAAACGGUACUUUCGAGUUAUUCAAAACAAAGGACAAGCUUUACUACAAAUACAAAGAUCCAUCUAAGAAAACUACUGUCAAAGGUGCUGAUAAUGAAGAAAAAGUGGUUUACAAAAUUAUAGAAGAAGCAGGAAAUAAAGGAAUAUGGAUUAGAGACAUUAGAUUCAAGUCAAACUUAAAUAUGACUCAGUUGAACAAAGUCUUGAAAAGCUUGGAGACAAAAAAGGUUAUCAAAGCUGUGAAAUCAGUAUCAGCAAGCAAAAAGAAGGUUUACAUGCUGUAUGAUUUGGAGCCAGACAGUUCAGUCACAGGAGGUGCUUGGUACCAAGAUCAAGACUUUGAAUCAGAAUUUGUUGAUGUCUUGAGCCAACAAUGCCAACGGUACCUUAAAGAAAAAUGGGAAGAAGCUGUCAAGAAAGGUGGAGGCCCCCUUUUGAUCAGAAAUCGAAGCUAUGCCACGGCAAAUGAUGUUCACAAGUUUAUAUCUGAGCUAGGAAUCAGCAAUGUGCCUUUAACAGUAGCAGACAUAGAAAGUAUUUUAUAUACUGUGGUGUUGGACAAUAAUGCUGAGAGAAUAGUUGCUGCAAAUGGAUCAUAUCUCUACAAAGCAGUGAAUAGGUUUUUGCCAUCUCCAGGUCUUGUUAAAACUACUUGUGGGAUAUGUCCUGUGGCCCAUAGGUGUGGGGAUAUGGGGCUAAUAAAUGCUAAGGCUUGUACAUAUUUUACAGAGUGGUUAAACCAGUGAUAUACGAUUCAGUUAUAAAUAGUUAUCUUAAAUAUAGAGAAAACAUGGUG